AUGGUCAUUCAUCAUUCACCGACUGAGGAAAUGAAUAAACCAAACCUGGGGAGAAGAGUCUGAGAAACGAAACCAACUGGCCUGGGAACCAGUAACUUCUUUGACAGUUUUUUUUUUUUUAAUUGCUUGUGUGUUUUUAUUAAGUUCCAUUUUUUAAUUUUUUUUCCCUUUUGUUGUCCUUGUUGUUUAUUGUUGUUGUCAUUGUUGUUGGAUAGGACAGAGAAAUGGAGAGAGGAGGGGAAGACAGAGAGGGGAGAGGAAGAUAGACACCUGCAGACCUGCUUCACCGCCUGUAAAGUGAACCCCCUACAGGUGGGGAGUCAGGGGCUUGAAUUGAAAUCCUUACUCUGGUCCUUGCGUUUCUGCGACAUGUGCGCUUAACCCGCUGCGUCACAGUUUUUUUUGCUUUCCACUUGUGAGGGUGUGUAUACUGAAGACUUACUUUUUUUUCCCUUCCUUUUUCCCUUUCCUUUUUUCUCCCUUUCCUUAUUUUUUCUUUUUUUCUUCAUCAUAUAUAUAUUUCAUAUCACCUGUGUUCAUAAGAAUUUUCUCUUUGGAAUGGCACCUCCAGCAUCACCUAUCCAGUAUUAUGGAAUGAUGGCUUUCUCUUUAUUAGUGAUAUAAUAGUGGUUUACAAGAUUAUAAGAUGACAGGAGUAUAGUUCCAUACUCAUCCAUGCCUUUCCAACAGUGGGGACUGAUUUUCUUUUCAGAUAAUACCAUCCAGUCAAUUUUCUGUUGCUGCUGUUGCUGUUCCCUGCAGAAGCGACAAGUGAGAACACACAUAAGUCUGAGCAAAGAUGAAGAACAUUCCAAAAAAUACACUCAGCAUCAACGACAACGGUUUCAUAAAUUACAGAUGAAGAAGCAAUCCAACAAGGGUUGUGUGCAACCAUCAAAACGCAAGCCUCUGCCUCCUCUCCCACCCUCAGAGGUCACUGAAGAAACCAUCUAUGUCAAGGCGUUGUAUGAUUUUCUGCCCAGAGAGCCCUGUAACUUAGCAUUAAAGAGAGCAGAAGAAUACCUGAUAUUGGAGAAAUAUAAUCCUCACUGGUGGAAGGCAAGAGACCGUUUGGGGAAUGAAGGUUUAAUCCCAAGUAACUAUGUGACUGAAAACAAGCCAACCAACUUAGAAAUAUACGAGUGGUACCAUAGAAACAUUACCCGAAAUCAGGCAGAACGUCUUUUGAGACACGAGUCUAAAGAAGGUGCAUUUAUGGUCAGAGAUUCAAGACAUUUGGGAGCGUACACAAUUUCUGUGUUUACAAGAGCAAACAGAGGCACGGAGGCUACCAUCAAACAUUAUCACAUUAGAAGACAUGACUCAGGACAGUGGUAUGUGGCUGAAAAGCACCUCUUUCCCUCUAUCCCUGAGCUGAUCUGGUAUCAUCAGCACAAUGCAGCUGGUCUCAUGAGCCGCCUCCGAUACCCAGUUGGACUGAUGGGUAGCUGUUUGCCAGCCACAGCUGGUUUUAGCUACGAAAAGUGGGAGAUAGAUCCAUCAGAGCUGACUUUUGUAAAAGAGAUUGGAAGUGGUCAGUUUGGCGUGGUUCAUUUAGGUGAGUGGCAAACACAUACUCGGGUAGCCAUCAAGACCAUCAACGCAGGCUCCAUGUCUGAGGAGGACUUCAUUGAAGAGGCUAAAUUGAUGAUGAAAUUAUCUCAUUCAAAGCUUGUUCAACUCUAUGGAGUCUGUAUACAGCAAAGACCCCUUUACAUUGUAACAGAGUUUAUGGAAAAUGGUUGCUUGCUUAACUAUCUCCGAGAGAGGAAAGGGAAGCUUAAAAAGGAAAUCUUACUGAGCAUGUGCCAGGAUAUCUGUGAAGGAAUGGAAUACUUGGAGAAAAACUGUUUCAUUCAUAGAGAUUUAGCAGCAAGGAACUGUUUGGUCAGCUCUACAAAUAUAGUAAAAAUUUCGGACUUUGGAAUGACCAGGUAUGUUUUGGAUGAUGAGUAUAUAAGCUCUUCAGGAGCCAAGUUCCCAGUCAAGUGGUCUCCUCCUGAAGUUUUCCAUUUCAACAAAUUCAGUAGCAAAUCUGAUGUCUGGUCAUUUGGGGUUUUGAUGUGGGAAAUUUUUACAGAGGGAAAAAUGCCUUUUGAAAACAAGUCUAAUUUGCAAGUGGUAGAAACCAUUUCCAAGGGCUUCAGGCUAUACCGUCCUCAGUUGGCCUCAAUGUCCAUAUAUGAAAUCAUGUACAGCUGCUGGCACGAGAAACCUAAAGGCCGUCCUACAUUCUCUGAGCUACUGCAGGAGCUUACAGAGAUUGCAGAAACCUGGUGACUUGAUGGAACUCAGAGUAACAGCUUGCAAAACUGUCACAGAAGAAAAUUUUGUGUGGGGUUACGACAGUGAAUACUUCCUUAGAGUUGCCUACUCUUGGACCUAGUGCAGAGAUCAUAGACAUUUCAAAUAUUUUUAACGUGUGAGAAUAUCUUUUACAUGUAUGCCUGAGAAAAAUUCUUAUUUAAAAUUCUUAUCCAAAUAUUUAUAUUCCGUGAUAGCCUUCAUGCCACAUAUAUUAAGGA